UUAAUGACAGUUCUACAUCAACUUCAUUUAGUGGCCAUUUUUAUUUGUUUAAUAUGUUUUCAAUAAAAUUUUGUCGGUUUUAAGUGAAAAGAAAAAAAAAUUAUUUAAAUAAAACUACAAUACAAAAUAAUUCAUACAAAUCGAUAUGGGCAAAUCAAGAUCUAGGUCGCGAACACCAGCGAAACGACGGCACCAUAAAAGUAAACACAAACGCAAAAGUAAAUCUCGAGAUAGAUCUGAACGUAGUUCGCAUUCUCAUAGUCGACACAGAGAUAGAAGCCGUGAAAGAAAUUCAAAUAAAAUAAACAGAAAACGCUCCUUGUCGGUUUCAUCUUCAGAAAGUUAUGCAUCAAGUGCAGAGGAAAAACGUCGUCAGAGAAAAAAGGGACGCAGCAAGAAGUUGGAUGAAGUCGAGAGACUUGCCGAAAUGGAGCGACAGAGAAGGCAAAAGGAGGCUGAGCAAAAGCAGAAAGACAAUUUAUAUUUGGUCAACCAUCCAAGUCGUUUAAGGAUAAUAGAAGAAGAAGCAGCCAAAAGAAUAGAAUUGUUAGUCAAAAAACGUGUUGAAGAGGAGCUAGAAAAGCGAAAAGAAGAAAUCGAAAGAGAGGUUAUUAGACGCGUUGAAGCGGCCAAAAAAGAUAUGGAACAGGAAAUGAUGCUUGAAUUGGAAAAGCGAAGAGAACAAAUUCGAGAAGAAGAAAAACGUCGUGAGGAAGAAGAAAAGCAGAAGAGGGACGAAUUAGAGCAAAUACUUGCUGAAAAUAAUCGGAAAAUCGAAGAAGCUCAGCGAAAAUUGGCUGAGGAAAGAUUGGCAAUAAUUGAAGAACAACGGCUUAUGGACGAAGAAAGGCAAAAAAUGCGUAAGGAACAAGAGAAACGUGUAAAAGAAGAGCAAAAAGUCAUAUUGGGAAAAAACAAUUCUCGGCCUAAAUUAUCGUUUUCAUUAAAACCUGGUGCUUCAUGAGUUUAAAUAUAAAAAAUGUAGAUUUUUUAGAUUUAACAUUUUUUUUUAUUUAAUUCAUUCCUCUUGUUUUCUUUGGACAAAAAAAAACUCUUUGACAAUGAACUGCUUGUAUUUUGUCUGUUGAAGUUUGCGCCUUAAUUUAUAAACAAAAAAUUAAAUAAAUAAAUUGCUUAAUGGCGGCCAAUUUACAUUUGGAUUCAUAAAACAAACAAAAAAAACAUUAUAACCCAGUAAUUGAUGCAGUUUUCCUUGUUUAAUAUUUUGUCUUGACUUAAAUAAAUAAAAAUUUACAUAUAAUAAAAUAUUAA